AUGGGGCUCGAGCCGCCAGGAAUAGGAGUCACCGCAUUAGAUGGAGAUCCCGGCGCGUCGGGCGCGGGAGUCGCAGCAGGCGCGUCAAGCUACGCGACGGCGAUUGCUUCGACGAGCUCGGCGGGCGACGAGGACCCGGGCGGGUUCGACGACCCGCUCUCCGCGCACGGCCUGGAGCUGCGCGGCCGCGGGCGCGGAUCCGGCGGCGCGCCGAAGUUCCCGGUGAACGCGGAGCUGAACGUUAAGGUGUACGUGUGGCGCGGCGCGCCGUGGGCGCUGGAAGUGGACGCCGUGGUGAACUCGACGAGCGAGAGCCUCGACCCCGCGCUCUCGUCGCCCGGCCUGCACGACGAAGCCGGCCCGGGGCUCGCCGAGGAGUGCGCCACGCUGGGGGGGUGCAGAACGGGCGAGGCGAAGAUGACGGGCGCGUACGAGCUCCCCGCCAGGCGCGUGAUCCACACGGUGGGGCCGCGGUACACGGACAAGUACCAGACGGCCGCCGAGAACGCGCUCAGCCGCUGCUACCGCAUCUGCCUCGAACUGCUGCUCGAGAACGAACUGCGCAGCAUAGCGCUGCUGCCCAUCUACUCAGAGGCGAAAGGGUAUCCCAGGGAGCCCGCUGCUCACGUUGCCAUCCGCACGGUGAGGCGGUUCUUGGAGAAGCAUGGGCGGGGCAUGGCAGCGGUGGUGUUCUGCAUCCAGACGGACGACGACCACCUCAUCUACAAACGGCUGUUACCGCUGUACUUCCCGCGGGACAGCAGCGAGGAGGUGGCAGCGCAGUCGCUGCUGCCAGCGGACGUGGGCGAUGAGAAUGGCGAGAUUGUGAUCGCGGAGCGCAUGAUCCGCAUCUCCAAGAUGCCCGGCCUGCCCUCCUCUGCCAACAGCGCGUCAACAUCAAGUGCGCUCAUCCCAGCACAACCUCCCGGGCAGCUGUCCCUCUCCUCCACGUUCGACGACUCGCUCCUAGACCCAGCGUUCAUCAGCAUGGCCAAGGACCCCGACCAGCGCCGCGUGGAGCAGCGCGAGCACGCCGUGGCGUCGGCACAGACGGGGUGGAUCUGGCUGUGGGCGCGCUGCCUGGGGCUCGACCUGGGGGACACUGUGGUGUCGCUGCUCACUGCGGGCGAGCAGCUUGCGCUGCAUGGGCGGUACCUGGCACGCGCUGAGAAGCUGGACCUCACUGAAGUGCAGGACAUGCGCAUCAUGUACCGGGGCGGCACGGACUCAGCGGGGCGCAGUGUGAUGGUGGUGGUGGGGGCGCACUUCCUCGUGCGCUGCCUGGACCUCGAGAGCUUCAUCUUCCAUGCUGUCAAGGAGUUUGAGCCCAUCCUUCACCGUCCCUUCACCAUUGUUUAUUUCCAUGCCGCCACAACCCUACCAGCCAUGGCUGAUUAUGGGUGGAUGAAGCGCCUCCUGAAUGUGCUCGGGCCCAAGUUCAGAACGAACCUGCAUACGGUGUAUGCAGUUCAUCCAGACAUGCGGCUCAAGGGAACUGUGUGGGGCAUGCAACUGCUGGUGGACCCUCUGGUGUUCAAGAAAGUGAAGUAUGUGGGCAGAUUGCUUGAGCUGUUCAGACACGUAUCGCGAGAACAAAUAACAAUACCAGAGUUUGUCUUUAU